AUGACGCCCUCCGCGCCCGCCCGCAUCUUCAGCUUCGAAGAAUGCCUGUCGAUCAUCGCAGCGCUGCCGCACGAGAUCGUCAUCAAGGCGAUGGCGGACGGCUUUGCAGCCUUCAGCAAAGGUGAUGUCUCCGUCGCGCCGAUUCAGACCCUCGGACAGCCGCCGCUCGCAAACUUUGUGGGCCACCCGGACGCGCAGGCGUGCAUCAAGUCCGCAUACGUCAACGGUGGCGCGGUUUUUGUCAGCAAGGUUGCCUCUGGCGGCGGCGGUCAAAACAGUGGCCUCGUGCUGGUUUUCUCCCAAAUAACUUUCGCCCCGCUCGCAAUCUUCUUGGAUGGCGGCUACCUGACGGAGCUGCGCACAGCGGCGGCCGGAGCCCUCGCAGCCAAGGAGUUCGCUCCGAGCUCUCUCUCGCAUAUCGCCGUCAUUGGCUGCGGCAUUCAGGCGCGCUGGCAGCUCCGCUUGCUGAAGUCGGUCGUGGCCUGCCGCAAGGUGGUGUGCUAUGCCCGCCGGCCCGAGCAGGCGGCCGGUCUUGUGGACGAGCUUGGCCGCGAGGGCUGGGAAAUGAGCGCAGCGUCCUCAAUUGCCGCCGCGUGCGAUGGCGCCGGUCUCAUCAUCACCGUCACCCCUGCGCGCGAGCCGCUUCUACAACGCGCAUUCGUUGCGAGUGGCGACGUCCUCAUCACCGCGGUCGGCGCGGACUCUCCGGGCAAGCAGGAGCUGGACCCGGCCCUGGUGACGAGCGCGCGCCUGUGCGUGGCCGACUCGACUGCGCAGUGCGUCGAGCGCGGUGAGCUGCAGCACGCAGUCAAGUCAGGAGGGCUCGACGUGGCGGGGAUUGUGGAGGUGGGCCAGUGGCUUGCGAGCUCUGCAGCUCGCGCCCGACCGCCCGGCCUUAUCAUCUUUGACAGCACGGGCGUGGCAGUGCAGGACGCUAAGAUCGCCGAGCUCGCUCUCAAGGCCGCACCGGGAUCGGCACUGUGA